AUGAAACUGCAACCAACUUACCAGCACACCUUCACGGUGGUUGUUCUGCUGCUGCUGCUUGCUGUCAUACUGCCACAUUACGAUUGCCUAGCAACAGCGAACCAUGGUAGCAAAUCAACGAAACAUUCCGUCAAGCGAAUGAUCCUACUAGAUCGUACGCCCGUGCUACCGGAUAGGGUACGCUUGCUAACGGAAUGUAUCGACGGAAGCGCUAACUGUACCCGCACCUGUCCCGACAGUUACACGCUCGAUGAACGGCAGCAGUACUGUCGUCCCAAGCGCCAGGACGGUAUCUGUCCCCCCGGCUACAUUCAGCGUGCCGGAGCCGGUGGUGCUGGUGGUUGCGUGCUGGAAGAAAUCCAAUGUCCACCGGGCAGCACGCUGGAAGGUAGUCGGUGCAUUGUCCGCAGCUACACCUGCCCAUCCGGUUACAUCCAGCGGGGACAGAGCUGCGUACGGAACAACAUCUGUCAGCCGGGUUACCGGUGGGAGAGCGGACUAUGUUUCCCCGCCUCGGCAAGAAUCUUCUGUCCGCCCGGGUACACGGAGCAACAUCCCGGUGGAAAUUGUGCACCGGCAGCCUGUUCGGAUUGUUGCGAUUGUCGCGAUGAGGUGGUGGCCACGAUUUGUCCAUCCGGGUACGCCAGCCAGUGGGGUCGCUGCGUCCGUCACCAGCAAGCAUCGCCAGACUUAAGGAUACAUUCCGUCACCUAUCGGCUACCGGUGGAGUGUGGCGCUGGUCAAACGUACAACGGUGGUCAGUGCGAAACGAUCAGUACGGUUGGUCGGCCUGUAUGUCGGGCGGGCCACUUUUACAACGGUUCGUGCGUGGAGGUGGCUAAGUGUAUGCGUGGUACGCUGAACAAUGCGUGCUCGUGCGAGCUCGAGCAGUACGUGGCGAGUUCGUGCACGGUGGGCAAAUUGCAGGACGGACAGUGUGUGUUGGCACGGGCUCACUGUAGGGCACCGGCUCGCCUGCGGAGUGGGGUGUGCGUGCGGGAGGUGAAAAGCCGUACCACCUGUCCGGAUGGUGGAGUACCGUUUGAGAAGGAGUUUUGUGCGCUGGAAGCACCACGCUGUGGCAGAGGUUACACGCUGGAUGAGCAUGGUCUGUGCCGGAAGGUAACACCACCUUGCGCGUUCGAGUGUGGGCCGUAUCAGCGGCGCAACCGUUGGUGCGGUCUGCCAGCCAGCUGUCCGGAAGCAUACACACUAAGCGAGGGUGGACACUGUGUUAGGGAAACGGUCCGACCCGCCUACACCUGCCCGGAGGGAACGGUCGAAAGGGGCGAACAGUGCGUCAGUGUGACUCCGAUCUGUCGCUCCAACUUCCGGUACGAACCGAGAAUGGAUCUUUGCAUCCGGUGCGAAGAACGGUAUAUGGCGUGUACGCGUGGGAAUCUCACCGAUGGACAGUGCAUGUGGAGCGAACCGGCCUGUCCAGACGGGUACGAAUGGAGAGAUAGCAUGUGUGUGCGGAACGGCUCCCGGAAGUUCCACUGUCGGAAGGGAUACGAGCAUGGCGAGCAGUGUGUGCAGGGCGAACUGUCCUGUCCGGCUGGAUACGAACUGCAGGGCGAGAGUUGCAUCGUGCGGGAAGAUAUUCACUGUCCGGAAGGUUCCUACCCGCUGGAUGGCCGUUGCACCAUCGCCAAGGAGUGUCCGGAUGGGUUCCAAUACGGAUCGGACGCUUGUGUGCGGGAAACACGACGGCUAGUUAACGCCACCUCACCGACCUGUCCCGCUGGCUACGUGUACGAUGGUGAUGUUUGCGUUCGUCGCACGGUAGUGGAGGCCACGAUCAGCCGCAAGGAGCCGCUUUGUCCCGAUGGGUACGAGCGUGGACGGGACGAAAGUUGUGUGCGAUCGGUGCGCACGUUUCCCGUGUGUCCACCACGGACGAUCUACACCGAUCGCACCGAUCGGUGUUACUGCGAGGUGGAUCUAGUGUGUCCCACCGGGUACGAACGCACCGGGACGGACUGUACGUUCCGUGCGGCUGGAUAUAACUCGCUGGUAAACUUCCUCAAUCCUUGCUACGGAACGUUCUGUGGCGGUGGCGCUUACUGCAUCACCCAGUGCACAUUCCCACCGUGUCCGUUUGAACCCUGUGCUGCCGAUGGCCCGGGACUUACGGCGACAUUUGGACCACGCGCAACACGCUGCCUAACACCGGGAGCAACUGAUGAAGAUUGUCCACCACAGACGGUUAUUGGACUCGUCUGCCCGCCGGGUUACGAGCGCGUUAACAGUUCCUGUCUCGCGUACUACGACAAGGUGUGUCCGGAAGGAUACGAGCUAGACGGUGGCGAUGGGUGCACACGGAUCGUUCAUCACGCACCCGUAUGUCCGCCAGGGUACCGUCCCGCACCGAGUGCUGGUUCUUGCAUACAAACCUCCUGUCCGACUGGUUACAAACUCACCGGGAUCGGAAUGACGUGCGAAAAGCGUGAACUUCGCUCACCGAAAGCGUGCCAGCCUGGGUGGGACUUCUUCCAGGGCGCAUGCUACCGGCGAUCGCUCUGCCGGAACGGAACCGUCGAAGGUGCGUACUGCGUGGAGCGAGAAUUCACCCGUCCCACCUGUCCGGAAGGUUACGUCCAGCGUGGGGAGGACUGCGCAACGGAAGGAUCCUGCCGGUCGGGUGGUUCAGCGCUUAUCGAUGGAAUGUGCGUACAAAUCACAGAGCCCGCACCCUGUCCGGAUGGAACAUACCGGCACGGGAAGCAUUGCGUUUAUCCGGACGCACCGGAAUGUGAAGAUGUUCAAUACGUGGCCACCGCAUGCACUUCGGAGGUAGACGCGCGAGGAAACUGUUGGCAUAGAACUGCUCCAAAAUGUCCCCAGGGUUUCCGGAUGCGGGACGAUCUCUGUAUUGCGUGUCAGACGGAGAAACCCAACUGUCCGUCCCACAUGACUAUUGGGCAGGACAUGUGUAUAGCGGAACGUAUCACCUGCCCCGAGGGUCACUUUCUACGAGGUAGACACUGUGUCACACUUCACGUAACUCGACCACGUUGUCCGGCUGGAGAAUACACACUAUGCAAUGGGUUCUGUAUCGUAUCGUACGCGCACGAAUGUAAAGGAGCCGAGUAUGGACUGGCAACGUGCAGUCGAGGAUAUAUGCACAAGGGCAGGUGUGUGGAGCCUGGACGUUGCGGGGAUGCGGACCACACGCUCGUUAAAGGUGAGUGUUUGCAUCGAACGUUUAGCGAUUCGUCCUGCCAUGGAAAGGGCUCUCGGAUUGGUGAGCUGUGUAUUGGCGGAACACCGCAAUGUCCUUCAAACUAUGCGCUGUGGGGAGGUCGCUGCUAUAGUUCCCACAUAGAAAAUGCACAGUGUUCGGCUGGCGGAUCAAGCUGUGCCGAUAGCUUCUGUCAAUUGGAACCACCGCGAUGUGCCUCUUCGGGAACCAUCUUCGAUGGACAUGGUUGUCGACUGCUCGUUACCAGCAAACCAUCCUGUCCCACCGGAACAACACCCGAUCGGUAUGAGCCAAAAUUCUGUCAGCUAAAAUCCGAACGUGCCGUUUACAACUGUCCGGCCGAGUAUUACUACCAGAACGGCGUUUGCUUGAAGAAACUCUACAAAAACCCAUCCUGUCCGACGGACUACAAACUGCGCAAUGGUGCUUGUGUAAAGCGAGUCUGCACCAAAAUGUCAACCGGAUCAUCGUGCGCAAUUAUGUCCCCAGCGGCAAGCACGGUGGGAAGUGUUUCCUGUGCUCAAUGUUUGAACGACACUGUUAGCACGAUCGGCCCAUCAUGGACGCCGAACCGGGAAAGUGUGGAUCUAUGCUGUACGGUAUACUCACCACGGAUCUGCAACGAUGCGGGUGUCUGCCACCAUGAACAGGAACGGCUUUGCGGUUCCUUCUGUCUCACGGAGGAUGAUCGGAUUUAUCUGACGGUGUCACGAACGAUGCACAUAGGACCACGACUGUACGUUGCUCCAAACCAACGCAAUGGAGUGAGUGAUUAUGAUGAAGAUGAUGACGAAAAUAUGGAGGAUAAUGACGUUGACUCACGAGACUGUACGCAAUGUGAACUUGGACCGGCCAAUUGUCCCAAACGGUGCAGUACGUACGAUUGCGAAGACGAGGACGGGGAUGGAUGUAAUUUUAAGGAAGCGUCCACGUUUUGUGCCCAGUACAGGGAAGCGAAAAUCUGUGAACAUUUGCGUCAGAUUUUGUAG